GGCGAUCAUAUCACAGAAGAGUCGCUUCCCGGCCCCGUAGUUCCUUGCGUUGUUGCUCAGCUCUCCAGCCAUUGUAGGGCUGCUGUCAGUUCUAGUAUAGCGAGUGUGUCCGUUGUUGUUUAGCCGCCUAGCUACAUCUCCUUCUCUCUCUCUUCCUUCCUCGUGCCAGUAGGGCCAGGGCGUUUUCUUAGCUGCUGCCUAGACGGACCCAGCUAGAGUGUUGUCAGUUUCGCUCCCGUACCUCCCCCACCUACUAGUUCCGUUCAUUCGCGUCGCGGCCUUCUACCUAGCUUGGUGUGUGAGCGAUCGCACUAGAUUCGUGAGAAAGUGUUCUUCCAUAGCGAUUAGAGACUCACGGGUGGUAGUGGUCCUCGCUGGACAUCUUCAGAUCAGCUCUAACGUCGAUGCUAGCCUUAGCGGAGGAAAACUAGGUGGAGAUACCAAGGCGACAAUCGCUGAGUACUGCACUGAGAGCGAGACGGUGCGAAGAACAGACCAGUGGUCCCACGCGAUUUACUGCGUUGACUGGGGAUUCUCACCUCCAACCACUACACAGUGUAAAGAGUAGAAUACUGUUACCACCGUCAAGUCGUACCCUCACGCCUGGUCCGAUCUCGCAGGCGUACUUCGGGAUUACUCCGCUAUUUGUUACUAGGCGUAGGCGAGGAGAGUGUAGCCACUCAUCGCUUCUUCAUUGAUCUGCAACUCAUGGAAAAAUUUAAGGACACCAAAAUGGAUCUAGGCACAACUACACCAGAAUAUUCGCCAUCCACGUCCGCUGCCCCUGCUGCCGACACUACUCCAGUGGCUCCUGAAUCUUCGCCUGCCACCAUGUCCACGUCUAACAGCGCUGCGAAUGAAGCUCCAGCUAGCGUUGAGCCCAGCGGCCAACCUGUCGACCAAGACGCAUCGACUGACGCGGCGCAAAGCGAAGAAGCAGUAGACCAGGCUGAUUCGAAAGCAAAUCCAAGCGACAGCAACGAAUCGGAGACCCGAGAUCCACCAAAUGAACCAGGAAAAAUGUUCAUAGGAGGUCUGAGCUGGCAGACUGACCAAGGUGCCUUGAACACGUAUUUUAGCAAGUACGGCGAAGUGAAGGAGAGCGUUGUGAUGACCGACACUGUCACUGGAAGAUCCAGGGGAUUCGGUUUCGUCACCUUCAAGGACCCCAGCUCAGUUGAUCGUGUCCAAGAAGAGAAACGACACAUGCUGGACCAAAAACAGAUUGACCCGAAGGUUGCAAUACCCCGAAAACAAGUGGUCAACAAAACUAAGAAACUUUUCCUCGGAGGCCUGGCUCAGUCCACUACUGAGACCGAAUUAAAUACUUACUUCGAGGAGAGAUGGUCCAAGCCCGACGAGUGUGUUAUAAUGGUGGACAAGCAAUCUCAUCGACCCCGAGGAUUUGGAUUUGCCGUAUUCAAGGACGAAUCCACGGUGGACGAGAUUUGCAAGCUGCACUAUCUAGAGAUCAACGGGAGAAUGGUCGAAGCCAAGAAGGCUCAGCCAAAGGAGCUGUUGAAGGAGGCUACGCGCCACAGACCGACGAAACCUUACGGCGGUUUCAACACAGCGUACCCCCAGAUGAUGCUGGAUGCCUACACCAUGCAGGCUAUCAGAGGUGGCAGCGGGGGCCGCAAGGGUCCACAGCGUGCUCUGGUGCCCUUUGCACCGCUCGGCUAUUAUCACGCGGCGGCGGCGGCAGCAGCCAUAGACCCUAGGAUGCGGCUAGCGACCAUGGCGCCAUUCUAUGACCCAUACACUAUGAGCAUGAUGCGACAGCCGAUGGGAAUGACCUCUGGACAGGACCGCAACGCUGCAGGGUACUAUCAAUCCGGGUAUGGCAAUGGCGGCGGGAGUGCCACGAGCAGCUCUCGCUUCCAGCAGCCGCUGAGCCCCACGGGCCCAGCGCAGGCAGCCACGACUAACGACAUGAUGUCUAACGUGUCUACGAGCACCAUGUCUCAUGGUGGUAUGCAUAGCGGAUUCUCAUCCAAUAAGGCAGGCUAUGGCGGAGUCUCGUCGCAGGCAUCCGCCGCUAGCAUGGCCAGUAGCAUGGCUCAGAUGACGCUGAACGGGCCGAGCCACGGGCAAGGGGCCAGCGCUGGUGGUGCGGGGACUGGCUACGAGCAGCACGCGCCGUCAACAUCCUUUGGCUCCUCAACGUACAUGCCUAGCGCGGCUGGCCACCACACUUUCACGGGUCACCCGUAGGCAGCCGGGCCACACGCCGGUAGCUAGACGGUCGGAGCGCACAUGGCACUAGUGUACGUGCUCUGCCAGCCUGGCCCUCCCCAGCCGCUGCUGGGUGACCGGACGAGGAUGGCAGUUGCGCUGCAUGAGCUACCUUGCGCUCCACCGAUCUUCUUGUAGCAUACACACACACACACACACCCACACACACACACAUACACACAUGUACGCACACACACACACACACACACAUACUUAGCAUACUGACCUGCAUUGUAGCUAACAUAGACGACAGUCGGUCCAUUCCAUUGCGCCGCACGGUGAACAUGCUGAAUCGCGACUUCGGUCAACGGAGACUCUGAGUAACUCUCCCGUUUAGAAUUUUAGCUAGGCUACAUGAGUACAUGGCGACUCGCAUCACCAUCACCGUGGAGGUAGCAUUAGAUUUAAAUUUCCGGAGGUCAUCAUCUUUUCCCAUGCUUAUUUUUUUAUUUUUUUAUGAUUUUCUUCUGAUUCAUCAUGCGACCAAUCCCCCUAUGCCCUCCAGUGCUCUAUCCAUUCUAUGUGACCCAGUUUCCGUCCUCGAUGACGUCAUGAUCCCUCAACUCAUCCACAGCCAUUGCCGCAGACCUAAACCAUAAAACCUUUGACGACGACGACGACAACGACAUCAUCUCCAUCAACACACCAUGAUGACUGAUGAUCAGACACUCGGCUCAUUGCCGUAGGGCCGAUCUCCUCGCUAGUCCGCAACCGCAGCCAACACCAUUCUUCUCUCUCUUCUUUCUCUCUCUCUCUCUCUCUCUCUCUCUCUCUCCCUCCCUCUCUCUCUCUCUCUCUCUCUCUCUCUCUCUCUCUCUCUCUCUCUCUCUCUCUCUCUCUCUCUCUCUCUCUCUCCUCUUCCUUCGUAGCGCUCUCCACCCCCCCCCCCAUCCCAUCUCUCUCUCUCUCUCAUCUCUGUUGAGUGUUGAGUGUUUCCUCGUUGUUGCGUUUGUACUGGUCUCGAUUUUGUCCCUGGUACGUAUGUCGCAGUACCAUAUUGUACGUACGCUCGACCUCGUGUGCAUUCUCUCAGUUGUUGCAAACCGUGGUGAAACCUACUGAAUGUUCCAUUGUUGUUUGCAUGACUUUGUCUUGUCAGUCUGAACCAUGCUGACGUUGCAUUCUUCGUGCGUUGAUCAGCUUUGUCUCGACCAUUGUCAAGGUGUGUAAUUUCUUAUUGAUAAUCUGAAGCGUCUCUCGCUUUCUCCCGCCGUUUACCUAUUUACCCACUCGCCACCAUCUCAACUCUCUCUCUCUCUCUCUCUCUCUCUCUCUCUCUCUCUCUCUCUCUCUCUCUCUCUCUCUCUCUCUCUCUCUCUCUAUCUCUAUCUCUAUCUCUCUCUCUCUCUCUCUCUCUCUCUCAGUUUACCAAGCGCUUGUUUGCACAGUUGGGCAUAUUUGGUGUAGCUAAGGUGUUGGCACCAUCAGCUCUUCACUCCUGUGUCGGCGGAAACCCGACAUAACAGACAUGAACAGACAUGAACAGACUGGACCGCAAGAACUUUGUGUACUAGUAGUACAUGUUUUGUUUUGUCAGUUGCCGUUACAAACGUAUUCAGUAGACCAGAGUGCCUCUGUGUGUUAGGACCUGAGCACUGCGAUAGACGAGGAGUAUUGAGACAGCCCACUGGAGGAAGCCCUCUACUUGAAAAGCAGCACGGAUGGCCGUUACCUAGGCUACGUAGAUCACCGUGGUUACGGUCCAUCGUAGAUGUGCCCGUCACGUCCAUCGUAGGUAUCUGUCACGUCCAUCGUAGCAGUGGAUCUAUCUUGUGUGGGCCCCUUGAUUUGUUGCUCAUCAGUCGUCGCUAUUGGCAUCAUAGUCGUCGUGGAAAUCAUCAUAGUCGUCACUGACAUCAUCUUAGUCAUCACUGACAUCAUCAUAGUUGGCACUGACAUCAUCAUAGUCAUCAUUGCACGGAGUAGGAUUAGGAUCAAUUCAUGGUUUCUCUCUUUAGUUAGGUUUUUUUUAUACUGAUGAUGCUCCCCUAGAUAUCCGAUACUCCAUGUACACAUUGUUAGUCUUGUGUAUAAUCCACUGCUUGGUCUGCAUGUUUGUGAUCCUCUCAACAUCUCGUUUGAGCGUGUGCUAUUUCUGCUGAACCGUUCCGAUCCACUUGGA